AUGAUGUGUAAUGUCCACAACAUCAUCGGUGAAGAAAAUAUUAUAUCACAGCAACAGGGAGUAUUUGAAUCGCGCGAUAAGUCACAUGCCGAUUCGAAUUUGAAUUUCUCAUACAUCGUCGUGUUUAGUAAAUUAAGCCACGACCUUCGACAGAGUUUCUUACAGUUUCAAUGCUGUUCGCUAUCAUAUUGUCAAGUUGACGGUCACGUAUUCAAGACGUUUCCAAUAAACUCGUUAUAUGGAGGACGCAAUUACAUCAUGAAUCAUAUCGCACAGGUAUUGAACACGAAAUUCAAGUCACCAACACAAAAGGAGAUACUGUCUUCCGAAAGCACUAAAUCGCCAAGGAUAUUCCACUGCGGCUCGUGGAGGUCUAAAAUGCUCGUUAAGGUGAAAGAAUGCCGGGAUGCGAUUAAAAACAUGAUUACCUUCGACAAGUUACCAAACACCAUAGAAACUGCACAACGAACUAUCGUGAACGGUGCAUCCUUCUCUUCCAAUGUGUCGAGACAUAAAAAAACAUCCUCGUUACCGGACGUCAUCACAUUCAGUAGCGUCGCGUUGAAGGAUGAAGAGUACGAUAAUGAAGAGAAUCUAACGAGUAACUCGACGUUGAAUUCGAACGAGAAAGAAGUGAACACAUCCGCAGAGGUGAACGACACGGUGGAUCGCUUUACGACGAGCCACGACACGACCAACAACUCAUUGAAAUCGUUCCUGCUGUUAGAGAAGCAAGUAAUGGAAGAAUAUCUAGACGAGAAAGAGGCAUUUACGAUCAAGAAGAAAAUAUCGGCCGAGCCGUUUCUUUCUUACGCCGAAGGAGCCGCGGAGUUUGUUUGGGCCGACGACAAGGAGAACAACGUCCCGUACAGAGUUUGGAACUCCGAGGAACAUGUGAACUGUACGGAUAUUGAUUUUGAGAAUCCGCACAUGAACUCGACGUUCAGCGAAUAUUCGGAAGCUACCAAAACUCGUACAUCAUCUCCGAUUCAAAAUUGGAAUUCUGGUUUCGAAAAUCAUUUCUCAAUAUGAAUUUAUAUGUUAAUCUUCUAUUCAUUGGAAUAUUUUUAUUUAUUGAACAUCAUGUACGAUUCACUUUCAAUUUGAUGCAAUAAAGUUUUCUGUAAAUUAAACGAGA